AUCAAUCUGCGCCACCUGACUCCCAAGACCCUAGCUUUGGAGUGGGAAGUGAGGUGUGGGAAGUAGGUCGCUUUCUGAUGAAUUAAGUGGCAGUGAAUUGAGACCGGAGGGAAUCUGGCCCCUAGAGGCUGGUACUUGCGCCCCCAAACCCCAUCUCCAGCAGACAGACUGUCCGAGGUAAUUGUCGGCCACGAGUGCACAUUCUGAAAACAGGAGAUUUUAGUUCCUAAAAAUGGGAAGAACCUACAUUGUAGAAGAGACUGUUGGCCAGUAUCUUUCAAACAUAAAUCUCCAAGGAAAGGCUUUUGUCUCUGGCCUUUUAAUAGGACAGUGUUCUUCACAAAAGGAUUAUGUGAUUCUUGCCACUAGAACGCCCCCCAAAGAGGAACAAAGUGAGAACCUCAAACAUCCCAAAGCUAAGUUGGAUAACUUGGAUGAAGAAUGGGCCACAGAACAUGCCUACCAGGUAUCCAGAAUGCUACCAGGGGGACUUUUAGUUCUUGGAGUAUUUAUUAUUACUACUCUAGAACUGGCAAAUGAUUUUCAAAAUGCCCUGCGUAGACUAAUGUAUGCUGUGGAAAAGUCUAUAAAUAGAAAGAGAUUGUGGAAUUUCACAGAGGAGGAGGUCUCAGAACGAGUGACACUUCACAUUUGUGCUUCUACAAAAAAAAUAUUUUGUCGAACUUAUGAUAUGCAUGAUCCAAAGGGUUCAGCAAGACCAGCAGAUUGGAAGUAUCAAAGUGGAUUAUUAUCCUCAUGGCUUUCUUUAGAGUGUACAGUUCACAUUAAUAUUCAUAUCCCACUUUCUGCUACUUCUGUCAGCUAUACUCUGGAGAAAAAUACAAAGAAUGGACUUACACGCUGGGCCAAGGAAAUAGAAAAUGGUGUUUAUUUGAUUAACGGACAAGUUAAAGAUGAAGAUUGUGACCUAUUAGAAGGACAGAAAAAAUCUUCUAGAGGAAAUACUCAAGCAACUAGUCAUUCUUUUGACGUCAGAGUGCUAACGCAGUUGCUCCUGAAUUCAGACCACAGAUCCACAGCCACAGUCCAGAUAUGUAGCGGUUCUGUAAACCUUAAGGGUACUGUGAAAUGCAGAGCUUAUAUCCACAGCAGUAAACCCAAAGUUAAAGAUGCUGUGCAGGCAGUAAAGAGGGAUAUAUUGAACACAGUUGCUGAUCGUUGUGAAAUACUAUUUGAGGAUCUGCUUUUGAAUGAAAUUCCAGAAAAAAAAGAUUCUGAAAAAGAGUUCCACAUCCUCCCUUAUCGAGUCUUUGUUCCCCUUCCUGGAUCCACUGUAAUGUUGUGUGAUUACAAAUUUGAUGAUGAGCCGGCUGAAGAAAUCAGGGACCAUUUUAUGGAGAUGUUGGAUCAUACAAUUCAAAUAGAAGAUUUGAAAAUUGCAGAGGAAAUAAACACAGCUUGUAUGAGUUCCUCUAUGAAUAGUCAAGCUUCAUUGGACAACACAGAUGAUGAACAACCAAAACAACCAAUUAAAACUACAAUGUUAUUGAAAAUUCAGCAAAACAUAGGUGUGAUUGCAGCAUUUACAGUUGCAGUGCUUGCUGCUGGUAUCUCCUUUCAUUACUUCAGUGAUUAGGGUGAGGCACAAAGAGUUUCUUGAUCAUCCAGAGAACAUUGACAGAUAAUUAUGAAUAAUAAAGAUGUUAAUCCAUCUGUAUUUAAAACAGUAGCAGCCAGAUCUGCUGCCAUGAUGCCUAUUUGAUGUGUUUCUGAUUAAAAUGAAAUCACAAGCUGCCUUGUUUAGUCUGCUUUACAUUGUAGGUGGCCCACAUUUCCAGAAAUAAAGUUAUGCAUCUAGAUGGAAGCUGCAUGUAACAAAUCAUUAUUAUUUUUUAAACGGUUCAAAAUGAUGGGAUAUGAUCAAGAUUUUAGUUUUACUAAUCUGAAUCACAUAUUAUUCAGGACAUUAAAAAGUUGAACAGAGGCAUGGUGGCUCACACCUAUAAUCUCAAUGCUUUGGGAGGCUGAGGCAGGAGGAUCACCUGGGGCUAGGAGGGAGUUGGAGACCAGCCCGGAUGACAUAAUGAGAUUCUGUCUCUACUG